AAGCGUUCCGGGCGGCGCCUACGCGCCACAGUUCCGAGAGUGGCGAGGAGCGAGGGUCAGUCGUCGUCGUCCGGUGCGUUCAGUGUCCGCUGCUGGAGUCUUGCCAUGUGCGCGGUGCUCCGCCAACCCAAGAGCGUCAAGUUGCGAGCCUUACACAGCGAGAGCAAGUUCGGCGUGGCGGCCCGGAGCUGCCAGGAGCUGCUGCACAAGGGUUGCGUCCGCUUCCUGCUCCCGGUGUCCGGCUCCCGGCUGUGCUUGUACGAAGAUGGCACGGAGGUGACUGAUGACUAUUUCCCGGGGCUCCCCAACGACGCCGAACUCCUGCUGCUCACUGCUGGCCAGACCUGGCAGGGCUGUAAGAUUGGAGGAGCCUGGGGAAGGUUUUGCGUGCUGUUGGACAGGAGCCUUCUCUUGGGACCAGAGCAACAUGAAUGUGUUUCUGUUUGUCUUGUGGUGGUGGCAGAUGUGAGUGACGUCACCCGCUUCCUCAGUGUGUUUAAUGAGCCACAUGCUGGGGUCAUCCGGGCUGCGCAGCAACUGCUGUCAGAUGAGCGGGACCCACUGAGGCAGAAGCUGCUGGCUGACCUUCUGCAUCAUGUCAACCAGAACAUCACUGCUGAGACCCGGGAGCAGGACCCGUCCUGGUUUGAAGGUUUGGAGUCUCGAUUCAGGAAUAAGUCUGGCUACCUGAGAUAUAGCUGUGAGAGCAGGAUCCGGGGCUACCUGAGAGAGGUGAGUGCUCACACCUCUGCAGUGGAUGCAUCGGCUCGAGAAGAAUUCCAGCGGGUCCUCAGCUCCAUGUGCCAGAAGCUCAAAUCCCAGAAGUACAAUGGCAGCUACUUUGACCGAGGUGCAGAGGCCAGUGAGCGGCUCUGUACUCCGGAAGGCUGGUUCUCCUGCCAGGGCCCCUUUGACCUGGAGAGCUGUCCUUCCAAACACUCCAUCAACCCCUAUGGCAACAGGGAGAGCCGGAUCCUCUUCAGCACCUGGAACCUGGAUCAUAUAAUAGAGAAGAAGCGCACCGUGGUGCCCACGCUAGCGGAAGCAGUCCAGGAUGGGAGGGAGGUGAACUGGGAGUACUUCUACAGCCUGCUCUUCACGGCCGAGAACCUGAAGCUGGUGCACAUCGCCUGCCACAAGAAGACCACGCACAAGCUGCAGUGUGACCAUAGUAAGAUCUACCGGCCCCAGGCAGGAUCCAAGAAGAAGCGGCCUGCUCGUAAGCGCCCGCCGGUGACACACGCCAGGCCCUCUGAGGUGAUGCAGUGGUGAUGGG